AUGCCUCUGAUCGUGCCCGCCCUCCGCUUGACCGUGCUGUUCAUGAAUGUCUGGGAGACGUUCAAAACCGUUAAACCGCCCCGCCCAUCCAGUCGCAACAAUGGGCAGCCAAGUGCACGAGCUAUGACCCAGAGGAAGCGCAAUAUGAAAGGGUGUUUGGCCGUUUGGGUCGUUUGGUGUUGUUUCGCCCUGUACGAAGCGACUCUCGAUGGGAUAGUCGGCAUUUUUAUCCCAUUCUACGACGAGAUAAAGGCACUCCUGCUUCUCUUUCUGUUGUUGGCACGGGCUAAGGGUGCAGAGCCUAUUUACCUGCAUGUUCUCCGUCCACUUCUGAAACCUUAUGUCCCCUUGCUGGACUCCAUGCUCGAGGUUACGGCGUUAUUCGGCGGAUUCUUCAUCAUGCUUGCAUCUAUUCCAGUUCAGUACGUAAUGUCCUGGUGGAAAGGAACGACAACUUCGUUAUACUUCGAAGCCACGCCUCAACCGGACAAUCUCUCCGAUGUGUCGUCUCUAUCCUUGAACGGGUACGAUGCAGGCGGCACCGAGCCAAUCCAGCAGAGUAGAGUCCCUUCUCGAGAAGGCGACGGUGGCCGACCUCCAUACUCCAGGAACAACACUAUCAGGCCGUCUCGCGGUCAGCCAGCCGUGUAUCCAACUGGCAAUAGUCGAGGGGCUGCAAGCUCAGGAUCGACCAAUGGCCAAGCUUACUCGUAUCCGCGCACAAGUUCUUCUGCGUCUUCGACGUCUCAACAAAUCUGGCACCCGCCUCCAUCUGCAUAUGAUGAUAAUCAUCCACCCGCCGGGAUGCCAGGAACCGACGGCGCUCCCAGCGAGGUGGACCACGUUGAGGAGUGGCGACAAUACCCGCCCUUCCCGUCUGCAUAUCCUGCGACUCCUGUGGCAACAUCCGCCAAACUCCAUGGAAACUCUGUAGGCACCAAACCUGAUCCAAGCGGCAUUGUGCCUGAGGACGAGGAAUGGCGCAAGUAUCCGCCUUUUCCCUCCGCGUACCCUGCCACACCCUUGAACACCCAGCCGAAGCUCCCGUCUCUGGUAGCGGCUAUGCAAGGUACUCAAGGGAUUCCCGAAGAGGAGAUAGAUGGUGCCUCACAUGAGCCUUAUCAAAGACCCAGACAGGGUUUUGAGCGGUCGCUCAAGCAACCCCAGAACGCCCCCCCUAGUUCUGACGGGAGCUUGAGCGACAACGCCGAAAUGAUAGGGGUACAAGAAUAUAAUAAUUUCUCAGACCAUCCUGCCGAGAGUCAAGAAGAAACUAUGGUAUCCGAUGGCAGCAGCGACGACGGCGAAUAUCAUAUCGAAGAGGAUAGCUUUGACAUCUCCUUCACCACUCCUCGCGUCGGCAAGAUCGCUGGAGCGAAGGAUGAUCCACAAGCUACCGUCACACGCCGACAAACCCGUAGACCGAUGUCUGUGGCACUAACCGAGUCGUCCAGCUACCACAGUCAAUCCACUAAUCUAUCUACGACCGACAACGGCUCUUCGCUAAGGACAGCUAUUUCCCGUUCCCCUUCAGAGUCCUCGGUAUCGUCCACAUUCUCCGAUACUGGCUCAGUCGCCGGACGCAAGAGAACCAGGGCGCUCAACGAUCAUUCCUCAGGCCUAAACACAGAGUCUGAAGACGAUUUAGCCGAGGAAACUAUUCGGCCCCGUGCUCUCAACAAGAAGACGUCGUCGAAAUCGGCGUCACGGCUUCGCCCCCCUACCUCUCGGACGCGACCGAAGAUGCCGUCAGCUCUGUUAACAGACGCCGAAGGUGACGACGAGCUGAACCCUACGGACAGUGACGAGAGCGCUGCAGACUCCGUGGUGAAGCGGCGCAAAGUCGUAGCUUCCUCUGGGGAGACGAAGCCUGUACAGGAACGCCGCAAAGGGUUGCGUCCCAGAACUACCUCGCAGGCUUCUCAGAGGGAGUCGAGAGUAGCGGCUCCGUCUCGUCCGCGGAAGCGGCCAGUCAGUCAGGCUACUGUUGCGCGUAAGCCUUCCUCGUCCGUUUUGACCAGACGUACGAAGAGUGGACAGGAGGUGUCUAACGGGGCGCAGAAGACUGACGGUCCACGGGUGUGGAAAUAGGUGGUGGCGGCGGAAUUGUAUUAUUCAACACAACAGUGGCAGCAUUCCAUUUGUCCAUCUCUCACAUAUCACAUAGACAGGUCUGGGUUACAGUCACGAUCUAUUACGCACUGACCGGUUGGACUGCAUAUUUGCAUUUGUAUUAUACGUGAACAUCCAGGCUCCUAGAACCAUCCGUCUCCGCGUCCUCGAUCCUCUCUGCUAGGGCAUAUGUGAAGAUAUUAUGUAAUAGGGCUUAUAUAAUGCAAC